AUACCCAAGGUCCAAAAGCCCUAUACUCCUCAUACCCAGACUUUAACUAAACAGAAACGUGCUCAUACUGCGCAAGCGGAAGAGAAGAGUCUUAAAAUAGAUUUUCGUUAUAAGCGUUAUAAGGAGAAGAAGCUUUAUUACUUCGUUAAAACGUCCUCCGGCCGUUAUACUAGGUGCAUCUCAGUUAGUGCUAAGUGUAGUUUGUUUAUUUCUAAAAAAGAGUAGGAAGAAGUGCAGGCUAAGCAGGAGCGCAAGGAAUUAGAGGCUCUAGCUGCUGCUAAGGCGUCUCGCCUGCGCCGUGAACUUCUAGAGGUAAAGAAUAGAAAGCGUACCUUUACGCGUCGUAAUCUUGCGAUAAUUACUAUCUAAGAUCGUGCGAAGGAGCAGGCCGAGGGGAGCUUAGCCCCUAGUGGUACGGGCCUUCCUGUUGUCGAACUAUCGCUAUCCGGACCGUUAACUA